AUGGUCACCAUAUUGCUGGAUGCUUUUACUGAACUGAAGAAUGGGGCUAAUGUUAUUUUCAUAUUUCCAGGACAUGUGUCAGCGCUGGAUAUCAACCCGUACCAGAAGAACUUGCUCGCGUCAGGCGCGUCCGACAGCGAGAUUUACAUCUGGGACUUAAACAACACUAGCCAGCCGAUGGCGCCUGGUACCAGGAACCAGCCGUACGACCAUGUGCAGGGGCUCGCGUGGAACCAACAGGUACAACACAUACUGGGCUCCACAUUUGCGACGAGAUGCGUCGUGUGGGAUCUGAGGAAGAAUGAGCCUAUUAUGAAAUUAAGUGACUCGCAGUCCCGCACGGGGGAGUCAGCGCUGGCGUGGCACCCGUCAGUCGCGACGCAGCUGUGCAUCGCCUCGGAAGACGACCAGGUGCCCGUCAUACAACUAUGGGAUUUGAGGUUGGCAGCGUCACCAUUGGCCACGCUGGAAGGUCACAACAAAGGCGUGAUGGCUGUCUCGUGGUGUAGACAGGACCCUGACAUGCUGCUCUCUGGCGGGAAGGACGGCAGAGUGCUGUGCUGGAACCCUAAUAACACUAAACCGGGCGGCGAGAUCCUGUCGGAGAUCAGCGAGCAGCAGCAGUGGGUGUUCGAGGUGUCGUGGUGCCCGCGGGACCCGAACCUGCUGUCGGCGGCGUCGUUCGACCAGCACGUGGCCGUGCACUGCCUGCUCGGCGGCGCCAGGCCUGAUGUCAGUCCGGCGGCGACGAGCAGCAUAGUGGAGUCGUUCGGCGGCGCGGCGUCGUUCAGCCAGCUGCCCGCCGUGGCGCGCGCCCCCGCCCCGCCGCCGCCCAACCAGCCGCCCACGCCGCCCGCCUGGCUCAAACGACCCUCCGCCGCUAAGUUUGCAUUCGGCGGUAAAUUGUUGACAUUCGAGAAAUGUCCGCAAGAGACCGGCCCGCAGAAACUUGUCUACAUUAGCCAGGUAGUAAGCGAGCCAGAGAUCGUGGAGCAGGCGGCUGAAUUGGAUUCCGUGUUGGGUUCGAGUAUCAGUCAGGAACCAGGCUCCACGGAGAAACUCGCAGAAUACUGCCGGCAGAAGGGCGACGCGGCGAUGGAUCAAAACGAACGAUACGUGUGGUUCUUCCUGAGAGCCAAUUUCUUGCCAUUCCGCACUGAAGUGCUCAAUUUAUUAGGAUUCAAACAAGAUGAAAUCCCAUCGAAGUUCAAGAGUGCAGCAGUUAACGCCGGCGAUGGACAACAGCCAGACCUCGCAGCUCUUAGCAGGGGCGAGUCCACGGAGACGGAGGCCGAGCUGUCCACGGACACCAGCACGGACCUGUCGGACGCGCACACACUGAUCGAGAGGAAGCUAGCAAACAUCGAAAUCACGUCUUCAGCCAAUAACGUGGCGAUACCCAACGGGGAAGACAUGACGAGCCUGAUCUGUCGCGCGCUGGUGUGCGGCAACCUGGAGGAGGCGGUGGAGCUGUGCCUCGGCGGGGCGGUCUCCGACGCCAUGAUUGUCGCCUCGCUCGGUAGCCAAGAUUUAGUAUACAAAGUCCAGAAGUACCACCUCAACGCCACCAGCGGUGACCCGGUGUCGCUGCUGGCGGGCAGUCUGCUGCAGUCGCGCUGGGACCAGCUCGUGCAGUCCGCCGCGCCGGCCUGCUGGAAGGACACGCUCGCCACCCUGCUCACGCACUGUGAUGCGGAGACGCUGGAACAUUAUUGUGAGAUGUUGGGCGACAAGUUGUCGCAGGAGUCGGACCCUGCCCUCUCUGCGGCGGCGACGUUGUGCUACGUGUGUGGGGCCAGCCCUACGCGGGCGGCGAGAGGGGGGAUGGGGCGCGGACAACGCGCUGCGCUGGCGCUGCUGCUGCGGAGAGCCGCUGUGUUAAGGGGACGCGCGCUGCAGUCGGAUGGCGGCGACCCGGCGGUGUGUGAAUACGCAAGUCGUCUCGCGGCGCAGGGCUGUCUGCACAGCGCGCUACUGGCGCUAGCAGACUUGCCCGCGCACCCGCUCCGGACAGGCUCGAGGGUGGCGGCGCCGGCGCAGCCCCGCGCGCGCACCGCGAGCUCGCACUCGCGCGCGCCGCUGCACGAACACAACCCCUUCAGCACCACAGCCAGCGUGGCAGCAAGGUUCAGUUCGGGCGUGCCGUACCAGCAGCGUCAAUAUCAGCCGCACCAACAGCAACCGCAACCACCGCCAACACAGCCAUUACAGCCACUGCAACCGCAGCUACCGCAACCGCCACAACAGCCAGCGAGGCCGGCCAGCGUCGGGCCUCAUGGUGGUCUGCCCAGCCGUUCUAAAUACAAAGUGGACCCUUCAGUGGCAGCGGCGCCUAUGUACAACCAGUACAGCUAUAACAACCAAACACAGCCAUACGGCGGCUUCAACAGCCCCUUACCUGACCAGUACAGCAGCGCGAUUAAAUCCAAUGAACCCAUUAAACCCUGCGCCGUUAAAUCCGAUGAAUCCGUUAAAUCCCGCCCGUUAAAUCCGGCGCCGAUGAAUCCAGCAGUGAACGGAGGGUAUUACGGGGCCCAGCAGGCGGUUGAACCCCCGCCGCACUCGAAGCCGGCCCCCGCUGGAUGGAACGACCCACCGAUGGUCACGUCUAAGCCUAAGCCUAAACAAGAAGCACCCACCUCUCAAGCGCCGAUCACUCACCCGCUGUUCGGCGUGGAGCCGCAACACGUACCGCUCGCGCCUGCGCCCGCGCAGUACCCGGGACAGUACCCGCCGCAACAGUACCCUGGGCAACAGUACCCCGGCCAGCACCCCGGCCAGCAGUACCAGGAGCAGCAGUAUCAACAGUACCCACCUGCGAUGCAGCCGGCGUACCAACAGCAUACGGAGGCGCCUGCGCCUGUGGAGCCGGCGCCGGUGCAGAAGCGGCCGCUGCCGGAGGAACACCUCGUGCUGCAGCAGGUGUUCGACUCGCUGCGGGCAGACUGCGCCACCAAAGCUGUCAAUGUGCAAAUGAAGAGGAAAUUGGAAGAUGUGCAGAGGAGGCUGGAGACACUUUAUGAUCUGUUGAGGGAGUACAGGUUGUCGGAAGCGACGCUGGGCGCGCUGCACAGCUGCUCGCAGCUGGUGCAGGCGGGAGACUUCGGCUCGGCGACGCAGACGGUGGCGGCGCUGGCGUCGGGCUCGGACUUCGCGGCCGCCGCGGCCUUCCUCCCCGGACUCAAGGCGCUGCUGCAGCUCGCCGCGCAGCUGCAGCGAUGAUGCUCGCAGCGGCGGACCGCCGACCGCAAUUACUACUACAUACUUACUGAAGUGUAGCCCCCC